GCCGCUUGGGCAGUGGGCGGGUCCCGGGUGAUCCGGGUCUCUCGGUGAGAUCUCGCGCUGGUUCUGCAAGGAGGCGUCGUCAUGGUGGCGCCUGUGGUGUAUUUGGCGGUGGCAACUCUACUUGUCGGCCUUAUCCUCUUCCUGACUCGCAUCAGGAGCCGAGGGGCAACAGCUGGUCAAGAGCCACUGCAGAAUGAAGAGGAGCCAGUAGUGGCAGGCCAGCCAUCCCAGUUUUGGCCCCUCGAGCCUGAAGAGCAGAGAGCUGGAGGCAGGCCCAGGCGCAGGAGGGACCUGAGCAGCCGCCUUCAAGCCCAGCGUCGAGCCCAGCGUGUGACCUGGGCAGAAGGGGAUGACAACGAGGAGGAAGCUGCAGCCGUAGACCAAGAGGAAGAAGGAAUUGAGAAGCCAGUGGAAACUCACCUGACAGGGAAAAUUGGAACCAAGAAACUACGGAAGCUAGAGGAAAAGCAGGCUCGAAAAGCUCAGCGUGAGGCAGAGGAGGCUGAACGUGAGGAACGGAAACGCUUGGAGUCCCAGCGUGAGGCAGAGUGGAAGAAGGAGGAGGAACAGCUUCGCCUGGAGGAAGAGCAGAAGGCAGAGGAGGAGAGAAAGGCCCGGGAGGAGCAAGCCCGGCGGGAGCAUGAAGAGUACCUGAAACUGAAGGAGGCCUUCGUGGUAGAGGAGGAGGGUGUGGGUGAGACCAUGACGGAGGAGCAGUCCCACAGCUUCUUGACAGAAUUCAUCAACUAUAUUAAGCAAUCCAAGGUUGUGCUCUUGGAAGACCUGGCUUCCCACGUGGGCCUUCGAACUCAGGACACCAUAAACCGUAUCCAGGAUCUGCUGGCUGAGGGCACUCUAACAGGUGUGAUUGACGACCGGGGCAAGUUCAUCUACAUAACCCCAGAGGAACUGGCUGCUGUGGCCAACUUCAUCCGACAGCGGGGCCGGGUGUCCAUCACCGAGCUUGCCCAGGCCAGCAACUCCCUCAUCGCCUGGGGCCAAGAACCCCCUGUUCAGGCUCCUGCCUGACUCCAGCUCUUUCCUCUUGGACUUUGAGCUGGCAAAGCUUAUCUGGCCACACGUCUUCAUCCCUCCCUACCACAUUGGGGUAGUGGUGGAGUAUGGCCAAGAAGUUGUAGAUUAAAGGUCUGUGAGCACUGCUGA